AUGAUUAAACCACCAACUGUUAACGUGCCCAAUCGUCAACUGUUGACUUUUCUAAACCACCAACUGUCAAUUGGCAACUGGAUCAAUCGUGAACUUGCUCAACCACCAACUGUCAACGUGCUCAACCACCAACUGUUCAAUGAUCAACGGCCUUCCUGGCUGAACCGUCAUCUGGCACCUUGCUCAAUCGUCAACUGCCUACUGCGAAGUGCCAACUGUCAACUUACUCUGCCGGUGACUGGCAAUUUGCUUAUCCACCAACUGUCAACUAACCUUGCCGGCGACUGGCAACUUGCUCAACCGUCAACUGAUAACUCGCAACUGGUAACCAACUUGCCCAACCACCAACUGUCAAUUGGCUCCCUCGCUCCACGACCAACUGGUCAACGGGCUCAUCAUCAACGACCUUCCUGGCUGAACCGUCAUCUAGCCAAUUGUCAACUGUCAAACGGCUUAACCGCCAUCUGUCAACUGGCUCAAUCACCAACUGUCAAAUGUUUGAGCCGCCGUCUCGCACCUUGCUCAAUCGCCAACUGUCAACUUGCUCAAUCGUCAACUGUCAACUGUCAACUGUCAAACGGCUCAACUGCCAUCUGGCAACUUGGUGAACCGCCAACUGUCCACUGGCUCUGCCGACAACUGUCAAAUGCUUGA